UCUCUCUCUCUCUCUCUCUCUCUCUCUCGAGUCCUUUACUACUAUAGUAUAAACCGUUCUGGGAACUUGAUCAAACAUUUUUAAUCCCCAAACAUCAUCCUUAAGUGUGUAUUGAAGAAGAAGAAGAAGAGAAAGAAGAAAAAAAACCGAAAAAAGUGGAAGAAGAAGAAGAAGAAGAAACGAGAAAGAGACAAGAGAGCAUUCUGAUUCAUGUGACUUUGGUUUCGUUUCUUUCUAACUCUGCUCUGUGUCGUCUUCUUGGCAAAUUUUCUCAUCCUUCGUUUCCUUGGUAUUUGAUUUGAUUGAAUCAAUAAGAAAGUCUUCAACUUUACCGGAAACUGGAUCUGGUUUUUUUUUACUCGCCUGAGAGAAGAUUAAAGGAUGAAUCUUUAUGAUUCGAAAGAUAAUGUCUUCCUUAGAAGAAGGAUUCUUCUCUCUUUGCUCUUCUUCGUCGUUUUGCUCUGUAACAACGCUUCGUCUUCUUCAUCUGACGUGAUCACGAUAAAGCCAAGACAUUUAUCUUUGCUAAAGAGCGCUUUGCAACGGUCAAGUGGAGAGCAGUCUGAUCUGUGGAGGCCAUUGACUGAUCAAGGAUGGAGUCCUUGUAUUGAUUUGGGAAACUCCCCUUCAUUACCGGUUAAAUCCGAGGGAUAUAUUCAAGUAUUUCUUGAUGGAGGACUUAAUCAGCAACGAAUGGGGAUAUGUGAUGCAGUUGCGGUUGCUAAGAUAUUAAACGCAACACUCGUGAUCCCAUAUCUUGAAGUGAAUCCUGUUUGGCAAGAUACAAGCUCUUUUGUUGAUAUCUUUGAUGUUGAUCAUUUCAUUGAUUCGUUAAAAGAUGACAUAAGGGUAGUCAGAGAACUUCCUGAUGAAUACUCUUGGAGUACAAGAGAGUAUUACGGUACAGCAGUUCGUGAAACCCGAGUCAAAACCGCACCUGUUCAUGCUUCUGCGAAUUGGUAUAUCGAGAACGUCUCACCGGUUCUACAGAGUUAUGGGAUUGCUGCUAUAUCUCCAUUUUCUCACCGUCUAUCGUUUGAUCACCUACCUGCUGAUAUCGAACGGCUAAGAUGCAAAGUGAAUUUCCAAGCUUUACGCUUUGUCCCUCACAUUAGAUCACUCGGUGAUGCUCUUGUGAGCCGUCUUAGAAACCCCUCAUGGAGAAAUAAUAAAGAACAGACCAAUGUGGAUCAUUUAAGAGAGAUGACCAACUCACACAGCAGACAAGAGCCUGGUAAAUUCGCCGUGCUUCAUCUUCGUUUCGACAAGGACAUGGCUGCGCACUCGGCGUGUGAUUUCGGCGGAGGCAAAGCCGAGAAACUUGCAUUGGCGAAAUACAGACAAAUGAUUUGGCAAGGAAGAGUUUUGAAUUCACAAUUCACAGAUGAAGAGUUAAGAAGUCAAGGACGGUGUCCUCUAACUCCAGAAGAAAUGGGACUUCUUCUAGCUGCUUUUGGAUUCGACAACAAUACUCGUCUCUAUCUUGCAUCCCACAAGGUAUAUGGAGGAGAAGCUAGAAUCUCAACACUAAGACAAGUUUUCCCAAGAAUGGAAGACAAAAGAAGUCUUGCUUCUUCAGAAGAACGAGCUCGAAUCAAAGGCAAAGCUUCUUUGUUAGCUGCACUUGAUUACUACGUUAGUAUGCACAGUGACAUAUUCAUAUCUGCAUCACCUGGAAACAUGCACAACGCUCUUGUUGGUCAUCGGACAUUCGAGAAUCUCAAGACAAUCAGACCAAACAUGGCGUUAAUCGGACAACUUUUCCUCAACAAAAGCAUCACUUGGGUUGAUUUCCAACAAGCGCUUGGUGAAGGACAUGUGAAUAGACAAGGUCAGAUCCGGUUACGGAAACCUAAACAGUCGAUUUAUACUUAUCCUGCUCCUGAUUGUAUGUGCCAUGUUUGAUUAGUUAAAAAAAAAAAAAAGAAGUCUUGAUCUUUAGAUAUAUGUCUGGUAAUAAUAAUAAAAAUAAAAACUCGAUUCUUGAUGAGGCUAGUUUGGUGUUUUAGCUUUGUGUUCUUGAGGCUUAAUAAAAAGAGUAUAGUUUGAUUAGAAUUUGGAUGUAUGUACGAAUUUGGAUGUAGCUUUGUGGUCUUUAGAUAUAUGGAUGUAUAAAUAAGAUUUUUUUUUGGCUCUUUUAAGGAUUAUCAUUAUCCCAUGUA